AUGUUUGAGGGAGGUGCAGCACAUGUUCCCACCAAAGAGGCCAUACCAAAGCUAGCCUCAACUAAAGAUCUGAUAACAUUAAAUCAAGACGCGGAGAUGGCGAUGGGUGCGGAGAUAUCGAUAGCAGCUCGGAGUUUCGGCGAUGACGCGGAGUUCACCUCGGCUAUCGAGCUGCGCCGAGCCGGUAUUGAUUUCCCUUUCACGACCGAUGUGGGAUGA